UUAAUUUAUAUAACAAAAUGGUCUCCAAAUUUAACCAACAGUGUUGAAACAAAACAAACAAAACUCGAAUAAUGUAUUAUUUAUUGAAACGUAAUUUAUUAGCAAAAUUAUAUACACACGUAUUAGCCAAUUGAAGCUAAUAAGGCAAAGUAAAUGGUAGCUGUAAAAGUAUGUAAACAGUUUGUAAUAAUGAAAAAUGUAUUUUUAGUGCAGUGGUUUAGAAAAAAAUUAAAACUUUUUUUCACAAAACGCGCGCCUGAAGACGCACACACCGUAUAUAAGGGCGGCAGACGAGACUUGAUUUUUCUCUCACCUGCAGACUAAAGGCUAAUUAACUGAGCUGAAACGUGUUGCAGCACUUUGGGGAUUUCGCAAUGUUUCCCAGAUCAGGUUUGUUUGCUGAUAUUAAUGGUCCUUUUUCUAAACAAGGGUCAUCUACUAGACCUCAGGAUUUGUACGAACAUGACUCAACAGCUGGGAUCCCGUCUACAUCAAGUUCCUUCUCAGCCAAUUUGGGAACAGCAGGUAUAGAUGAGGGUAUCCCGGAGCUGCAAAGAAUCAACGAGGAAAUUGAAACUGUUAAGCACGAGGUGGAGUUGGAACAAAGACGAUUGUUUCAAUACCAGACUUCACUGGGAGAGGGCAGCAAUACUCCACCUAGUUUCCCUGUUUACAAGGUUGAGGGCACACGCAAAAAGGAAGGUAGAGCAAUUGAUGCCAUGGCUGCAAACUCCCCAGAAAAUAAGUAUCUGGUUGACAACUCAAAACCAAAGACUUGUUUAGAGUAUGGACCCAUGUCUGAUUUUUCAGCUGGCUUGUGGUUUUGUGGUUUAUCUAAUGAGCAGCGAGUACUAGAUAGAAAUGAACCCUCACCAUGUGACCAGAAUAUGUUUCCAGUGCUUUUGGAUGAAUCUACUGAGGACUGUCCUCUAAGUAUUGACUGCCCUCUCUCACCUGCCAGAAAAAGAACCAAAUAUGAGAAACGGGAUGAUUAUUCUGCAGACAACCCUCAGGAUGAAAAACAGCUAAAAGAAUCCAAACCAACACUUGCAACUGCUUGUCCACAGCAGGCCCUGGAGGAGAUGCAUUGUGACAAAUAUGAAUGUGAACAAAGAGAAGGAAAUCCAGAUUAUGGUGGUGAUGUUAACAAUGCCAGCAAAGGUUUUGAAAAUAUACCUAUACCAGUUGACAGUAGCGUAACUGACCUCACCGAAGGUCUGUACCUGGAACAUCAGGGUGGGUAUGAGCAAGAUGAGAGUUUUGACAGUUUGUUGGCACUAAGUCAGCAAUGGGCUUUUGACAAUCUUUCUUCAGCUGUUCCCCUUACUGAUGAUGUUUGUCCUGCAGAGUCACUAUCUCAGCUGCUUGACAUUGAUACCAGUUCAGUAGAGAUAGAGACGAACGACUGGCUGUCUUCAGAGAUACAGAUGCAGUCAUUGUUGCUAGACAAUCAGGAAAUGGCAAACACAAACCCAGCAACGAUGGAUACAGCUUUCAAUAAUCAGACCUCAUUGGCAAUGAGUCAGCAACAACCCCAUUCAUAUAACUCAAGCCAUCAAAUGUCAUCAAUGCACAACAAUUUGGCCAAUGAAGCCAUUCCACCUGAAUCCAGCCACCAGCCUUCACAGAAAGAUAAUGUUAUAAUCAUCUCCAGCACUGAAGACGAAGACCUCAACUAUUCAGAUGUGGACCUGUCUGAGAGUGACCCAAUGGAGGAAUGUUACAGAAUCUUUAUGGAGGCAAAUGAGAACCUGAAAGAGCCUGAAAAAGAAAUCAAGGUCCCUAAGGAGUUGACUGUGCCUUCCAGUGAUCUACUCAGAAAGAAGUGGGUAGCUCAUGAGGCCAAAGACACAGAGAGCAAACCUGAACGCCAGAUUUUGUCCUCAUUGUGUGAACCAGCCUUAGGGUUAGGCUCCCAGUCUUCUGUCACGUCCAACAUCCAUCAGGUACAGCAGAGAGCGCCCAUGCUGACUUCCACGGUAAACGGUGGUCAGGCAUUUGUCUCCUUCACUUCUCAGCGAAACCCAGAGACCCAGACUAAUGCUGUUCAUACUACUUGGGCUCCUCCAAUCACACAACCUGUUCCUGUACUAAAUGCUUGCACACAUUACCCACCUUUGGAAAAUGCUGUUAUCGAAGUAGGCAACAACUUCCAGUUGAUAAUUCCGGAAGGCACCUUCCCGUUGCCUAUGUCUUCUGUUAACAGCCCUCUUACCUCAGUUGGUCCUGUGCCUCAGAGCAACUCUCUUGGUGUAAAACAGCUAUGCUUCAGAGCUGCAGUAACACCUGUGCAGAGAUACCACACUACAGCAACUAUGCUUAUUCCUGCUCAGUCAUGUAGACCCUCACCAUGUGCUGUUGAAGCACAUUUAAAUCCAACCCCCUCUACCAGUUAUCAACCUGCUGUACAGCCUGUUAAGCCAGUGCCCACUAAACGGAAGUUGAAGCAGUGCAAGCCUGCCAGAGAUGAAGUGACACAGGAUGUUCGUCAGCGAUAUGUCAACAUGUUUACAGAGGAGUUCCAUAAAACCAUACCCAAUAUUUAUGAUGCCUUUGAAAGAGCAAUGGCUGAAGAGAGAAUUGUCUACAACCGCAGUCCAAACAAACUGAAAUAUGUUAGUGUGGCUGUGAAUUCACUGAAGAGGCUGAAAAACAAGACUACUGCUCCAUCCAGAGGUAAAAAAGCCACCAGUGAGAUAAAAAAAGGCAAAACCUCCUUUAAUUUCCAAAUGUGCAGAGAAAACAAAGAUGCUGCCCUCUUUCAGGGUUUAAACAACUACGUUUUACUGGAGGAAGUGCUGAUUGAGAACAACUAUCCUAUCCAGAACCCUGAGAAACCUGGCUCGGCAGUUCUAUUUGAAGACACUAACAGAGGCAACAUGGACCCUUUGAAGAGAACCUGUUGUCGAUGUGGAACUACAUACUCUGUAAGCAAAACUGGCCAACAUGUCCGCAAGGAGGAGUGCAAUUAUCACUAUGGUAGAGGAGUUGAGAGAAAAGUGCCAGGUGGUGUGGAGACUCGCUACAGUUGCUGUCAAGGAGUCAUGGGAGCCCCUGGAUGCCAGGUGUCUCAGUUGCAUGUUCAUCAUUCCUUUAGCCUUGAUGGGUUUGUCUCCACCAGGCCCAGACAUCCCUCCGACACCCAUUGUCCUGGGGUCUACUCUUUGGAUUGUGCAAUGUGUUAUACUGUCAGUGGUCUGGAGCUGUCCAGAGUGAGUGUGGCCAACUCUCGUCUGCAAGUCAUCUACGACACAUUUGUCAGACCUGACAAUGAGUUGAUCGACUAUAACACGAGGUUUUCAGGUGUCAGUGAGGAAGAUUUGAAAGGUAACAACACUUCACUCAGGGAGGUGCAAGAGACCUUGAUGAGCUUCAUUAAUGCUGAUACCAUUCUGAUUGGACACGGCCUGGAAAAAGCCCUCUGUGCCUUGAAGCUGCUCCAUGGUAGAGUGGUGGACACAUCAUUGGUGUUUCCCCAUCGUUUGGGACCUCCACACAAGCACCCCCUCAACCAUCUCACUGCUGAAUUCCUGCGCAAGAUCAUUCAGGAGAGAGUUUGUGGACACGACACUGCAGAAGAUGCUGCAGCAUGCAUGGAGCUGAUGUUAUGGAAAACUAAGAAGGAUGGAAAACUGAAGAAAUAGUUAUAAGAAAAAUGAAUAAUACACUGAUUCCUUUUCUGCAGUGGCUUCACAAUUACAAAAUGUAACUGUAUUUUUUGUUUGAGAAUGAAAUUGAAAUCUGAGUUGUAAAUUAUGUGUAUGAAGAAAAGGAAGUGUAUUAGAAAACUGGAAUUAUCCAUUAAGUAAAAGCAAAGAAUCAAUUCCUUUGUUGUGUUCCUUUCUUUCCACACUUUGACCAACCUAUGAGCUGCGAGCUCUGAAUGUCUAAUUGGCCCCAGGUAUUACCAAAAGUCCUUUGCAUCUGUGGGGGAAAAUAACUUGGUGUAACUAUGUUUCACCAGUUUAUUUCAAAAAAACAUUAUCAGUGCUUUUUUGAGCGUCAAACAGGUUAAAACAAAACUGUAGAACACAAAAGUUGAAAAAUGUGAAUGUCUAUGAAGAUUCUCAGUCAUCCAGGUCAUGAUCAAGGUUGAAUAGUUCUGUUAGGCAACUGGAUGUGAAUUUUCUAAAAG